AUGGUAACCGACCGAGCCAUCUCCAACUUUUGCGCUGGCGACGUCAUAUCUGCUGUGGCGGUUGCAAACCAAAUUACUUCUGGAAAGUCAGUGUUCGCUUGGUUGGGGGAAGCUCUGCUUUGUCGAGACCAGUACGACUUUGCCUUGUCUGCGUUUCAAGAGGGCCUACAAGUCAACCCAGAUGAUGUGGAUUGCUUGGUGGGUAUCAUCGACACAAAUGACUCCAUCACCGUGGCCAAUGCAUUUCGAGUGGCGGACAUGUGGGCUGUCUUGGCCAAAGACCCAAACAUGCGGGAAUUACUUAGAGCGCCGAAGUUCAAGGCUCUCAUUCAGGUUGUUCGUGACAAACCCAGUCAAUACAAGCACCACAGCGCCGACUUGGCGAUUGAUGGACGCACUGCGCCAACUGAGGCUACGGGGGAGACUUCACCCUCCCUCACCCUGCAACCAACGCCACCUUCCUCGCCACCCAAGGCUGCCUCCAACCCCCAAAUCCCUGCAACCUCGACAGAAGUGGCUACCUGGGGACAAGGACCUCCGCGCGAAGUGUCGGUGGCGGAGGUGCAGCAGUGGACGGACAACUUUUCUCCUGCGAGAAAGAUCGGGGAAGGUGCGUUUGGGGACGUGUUUGAAGGCCAGUGCCAGUCCAUUCCAGUGGCUGUGAAGCGACUCAAGCCGACCCUUCGACUCCAGGGGGAUGAGGAAACGGAUCGGGCGGUGCUGUCCACUAUCCGCCGAGAGAUUUACGUCCUGUCCAAGUUCCACCACCCCCACAUCAUCCGCUUACUGGGAUUCACCAGUGUGGCGUCCGUGGCCCAAGAGCUCUGUCUCGUGUACGAGCUGGGGCCGCUGGGGUCGAUGGACCAGAGUCUCGUGGACGAUGCCCGGGCCUCUGACCUGACGUGGAAGGUCCGAGUCCGCAUCGCCGCUGCGGUGGCGAGGGCCAUCAACUACCUCCACUGCCACGACGAGAAGAGUCCCACGUUCCACCGAGACAUCAAGAGCGCCAACAUCGUUCUCUUCCACGGCUUCGUCCCCAAGCUCAUUGACUGCGGCCUCUCCAAGUUUAUCCCAGACCCAGCCACCACCCACCACCUCGGCUCGAUCAUGAGCACCAAGGGCAUGGCACUUGGGACCCCUGGCUACAUGUGCCCCACGUACAUCCGCAAGCUCCAGUACGACGCCAAGUCGGAGAUCUAUUCGUUUGGCAUUGUGCUGCUGGAGCUCCUCACGGGUCGGCUCAUGUCGUCUCGUCGCGACGGCCAGGAUCUGUACGACGAGUACAUUGAGGACAUGACGCCGAUCGGCCCAGACUUGGACGCGCGGGCCGGGCCGUGGUCCGUCGAGUGCGCCCAGCGACUGGAAGCCCUCGCAAGGGAGUGCUUGGCACCGUACAAAACCCGCGUGAGUUCCAUGCUCACGGUGUUGCGGCGACUGGUGGAGCUGGAAAAGACCUACUGUGCAGCCACUCCCGAGGAAAUCCGCAUGACCCAACUGGUGGAAGACUUGCAGCGGCAGGUGGAUGCGUUGCGAAGCAGUCCGAAACAGCCGGCAGAGAUUCUCCGCAUGUGCAACAUUUGCUUUGACCAAAGCGCCAAUGGCCUCGGUUGUGGUGCUGGCGACGUGCUGCACUUUAUAUGCGCCGACUGCGCCCCCCAAGAGGUGCAGAGAAUACUCAAUGAAAUCGAAGCCGAAGCCACGCAGCUGGCGCGCCAUCGAGCCCAAGGCGGGCGCAUCCAGUGCGUGAUGCCCGGCUGCGACGCCGUGUACUCCGAACAAGCCCUGGCCAAGGUCCUCCCAGACGCUAUCUUCGGCCACUACCGGGCGGCGCAAGAUGCGGUGGUGGAGCAGCGCCAGUACACGUACCACCAAGAGCGCUUUCAACUGGAGCUGGAGGCUGCCAGAGCCGAGUUCAAGCGAUCCAACGACCUCGCCAGGACCCGGCAAGACGCAGCUGCGACGGCCGAGUUCAUGCGGCGACAGUUCCCGAAUGCCGUGCAGUGUCCCAGGUGUGGGGCUGGCCCUGUGAUCCCUGAGAACUGCUACAACCUGAAGACCCACCAUGGGGAGAGCACGAGCGGAGGCGGUAGGAUCAGCAACGCGUGUCCAUCGUGCCAAUUUUUCACCCCCGAACGAAGUGUCUGGGCGAAUUGGGAUGGUCAGAUGCGAUAG